AUGGCUGAGAACAAUUUCACGCAGGUGACCUUCUUCAUACUCUCUGGAUUUGCUAAUCACCCUGAACUUCAAGUCAGCCUUUUCUUAAUAUUUCUUUUUAUCUAUCUAUUCACUGUUUUGGGGAACCUUGGUCUCAUUGUGUUAAUCAGAGUAGACUCUAAGCUUCACAGUCCUAUGUACUUUUUCCUUAGCAAUUUGGCAUUUAUUGACAUUUUCUAUUCCUCUACAAUAACCCCCAAGGCUCUGGUAACAUUCCAAUCCAACCAGAAAACCAUCUCUUUCGUUGGCUGUUUUGUUCAAAUGUGCUUUUUUGUGAGUUUGGCAGGUAGUGAAUGCUUUCUUCUGGGCUCCAUGGCCUACGACCGCUAUGUAGCAAUCUGCAACCCCUUACUGUAUUCAGUAAUUAUGUCACAGAGAGUGUGCAACUGGUUGGGAAUAAUGCCAUUUGUGAUUGCUUUCACAAAUUCUAUAAUAUCUACCUGUGUGAUCAGCAGCUUGCCAUACUGUGGUUCCAACAUCAACCAUUUCUUCUGUGACACCACAGCGCUUUUGGCGCUGUCCUGUGUGGAUACAUUCAAUACAGAGAUCAUGGUCUUUGUGUUAGCUGGGUUCAGUAUUAUGUUUACACUCCUCAUUAUCACUGUCACUUACAUCGCCAUCAUCUCAGCCAUCCUGAGGAUCCAGUCCGCAGCAGGCAGGAAGAAGGCCUUUUCGACAUGUGCCUCUCACCUCAUGGGGGUAACUAUCUUCUAUGGUACCCUGAUUUUCACAUAUUUGCAGCCUGAUAGCUCAUUAUCUCUGACCCAGGCACAGGUGGCCUCUGUGUUCUAUACCAUUGUCAUUCCAAUGCUGAAUCCCCUCAUCUAUAGUCUGAGAAACAAGGAUGUGAAAGAUGCUUUCCUGCGAGUCAUACUCAGACAAUUUUUUUCCAUGAAAAAUUUAUGGAAAUUAUAG